AUAAUAACGUUAAUCCGCACUCGAGUCCGCUGCACUCGUUAUAUGCAAGGUGCUCCUCGGCACCGUUGACAAGGGCUGGGCAUGCACCUAGAGUUACUCAAGUAUAAAAAAUGCUGGAUGACUUAAAAGACCUGCCUUCCAAGGGCCCCCUGCGCGAAUUGGCAGCCAUCCCGGCCAACUGUGCGCACACAUACAUAGCGACACACGACACGGCCCCGCCGAAGGACCAAGUCAUUCACACAGACAACAGCACCGCAGCGCUGAUCCGCAUAGUAAGGAAGGGCGCAUCAAAGCCACAGACAGGGAAAGGGAAACAGGCAGCCGGGGUGGAGGCGGCUCCCACCACCGGCAAGCGGACACACGAGGCUAGCGCUGCAGAUGGCGACGAGCGGCCUACGAAGAAGGCCGCGGGCGCGGGUACGUCGGGGGCAGCAGCCGUGGCAAAGCUGCUACUGCCGAUUGCUACCUUCACGGCCGAACAGCUGAAGGCCAAGACCAUUCCUCAGCUCAAGGAGCUAUUGAAGGCGCGCGGCCUGGCGGUGAGCGGCGCCAAGGACGAACUCAUCCGACGGAUAGUGGACCACCAGCGUGCAAACAAGUACGCACCAGCCAAGUAGCGAGCCCUUAGCAGCCAUGUAAGAAGGACCAUACUGCUACCGUGCCGCGUACAGCGCCGUGCAGCCCGCCGCCCUUCACGUACACGAAACAGCGGCGCACCAAGUGGCAUACACCAGCAUUGCAGCUGUCCGAGUGCUGAGAUCCAAAGCUCUUGCCGCUCCGCGUUAGUUAGAGCAUGUUGCCACUCUGGCGGCUGAGCAGAGCCUCGAACAUCACUGUGGGCAGGGCAGGCAAAAGGAGCAGUGCUUAUAAUCGUGUCAGUCCGGUAGCUGGGUACUACCAACGAAUGUUUCAUGCAUAGGUAAUCUGGAUGCAUUUUCUGGAUUUGGGGUAUAGAAAGACGAGCUCGAAGCCAAAGGAGCAUGCGACUCACUGUACAUUUCAGGUCCAGCCCCGUGCAUGCCGAAGAUGUCCUUCGCCCGCCGGAGCGUUUCCUCGCGCGUUUGCCGCCCAGCAUUGAGCUCCUUGAUUUGGUGGAGGAACUGGCGGCACGUGCGUGUGGAGUGCGAAGCAGGGGUGUUUCAUGUCAUUGACGGUAGCGC